AUGACCACCAACCUUGAUGCUGCGAAGGAGCUCUACGUGCUGUUCAGCGCUGGAGACUUCGACGGAAUGGCGGCCCGCGUUACGGACGACACCGAGUGGUACCUCUGUACGGGAGCCCCCUACGGCGGGUACCUCCACGGGAAGCAGGAGAUGCUGACCUGGAUGAGGGAGAAGCUCACCCUCGCGUUCACCCGCUUCGAGCCGACUCGCUACUUCGUCGACGGCGACGAAGUGGUAGCCUUCGUCAGCUGCGAGGCCACUGUCCCUUCCACCGGCAAAUCAUUCGCCCUCGAGCUCGUGCACCGCAUGCGCUUUGUGGACGGCAAGCUGUCGUACAUGUUCGAGUUCAACCACGACGCCCGCCUGGUCGCCGCCGCUUUCGAGCCCUAA